AUGUGCGUACUGCUGUUUGCAGCCUGCUUGUACUCGGCGAUUGCUCGAGGAAGCACAGGGUGGCAAAUGGGCUGCUGGCUGCAUGUGUCGGAAGCAGCUGCGAACCUGAUCCUCUUGUUGCAGAAAGCUUGCAGCAGCAGCUUCCACGAGUUCAAUGCACAUGUGAAGGAUGCCAUGCAGUCCCAAAACAUGGGUCCAUCCCCAAAGUCGGCCAUCAAACGGCACAUCCUUGUGAUCACGACAUGCCUCGCCUGCUGGAUGAUUUGCCAUGACGCGAAUGUCCGACUUGUUGCCAUGGGCGAUGGGCAGAUGACAUGUCAAGUCGCCGCGUUGCCUUGCCUCCAAUGUCUUUAUCGUGCAGCUUGGGUUUUAGGGCUACUGCGUUUGAACGAGUUUGUCAACGAGCUCGUGGAUGCCUUCUGCCGCAGUUGCGCGAGUAUCCCUGAAGGUGUGGACAUAGCCUACAUUCGCUGGGCUCGCGUCUCUGCUUUCACCGGGCAGAUCACAGAACAUUGCCACACAGUAUAA